UCUACACCCGAACCCCACAGAAUCAAAAAAAUAAUCGAAUUAUUCUUUGUUUUCCACAGAGGCAAAUACGCAGCAGUUAAACGCUGCCGGCACAAAUCGUCGGGCCGCCAUUUUGCGGCGAAAUUCCUGCGCAAACGUCGACGCAGCACUGACCUGCGCACUGAGAUCAUCCACGAAGUGGCCGUACUCGACGCCACUCGCUACUCGCCUCGGCUCGUACGGCUCCACGCUGUCUACGAGUCCACGCACGAGAUGGUCCUCCUGCUCGAGUUGGCAUGUGGAGGAGAACUACAAAUGCUAUUAGACAAGGAUGAAGUACCCAGCGAGCACCAAGUAUUACGACUAAUGAGACAAAUACUGGACGGACUAAUUCACCUGCAUUCCAUCAACGUGGCUCAUCUAGAUAUCAAGCCUCAAAACCUGGUGCUAACCGGAAAAUUUCCAGACUGUGAUGUAAAACUGUGUGAUUUCGGAAUUUCGAGAUAUCUCAGCGAAGGAGUCGAUGUGAGAGAAAUACUUGGAACGCCCGAUUAUGUUGCUCCCGAGGUGCUAAAUUAUGAACCCAUCAGCCUGGCUACAGAUAUGUGGUCAGUGGGAGUCCUCCUCUACGUAUUGCUAACAGGAUGCUCACCGUUCGGAGGUGAUACAAAGCAGGAGACUUUCUGCAACAUAACGCAGUGCCGUCUCGACUUUCCUGAGGAUAUCUUCGAGGAUAUCUCCGAGGAUGCCAAGGAUCUCAUGAGGAAAUUGAUGGUCAAAAUCCCUAGUAAAAGACUCAGCGCCUCAGAAUGCCUGCAGCAUCCCUGGUUCAAGAACCCCCGACCAUCAACAUCACUAUCAUCAACAUCAGGCCUCAGCUCCCUCAACAUUGGAGCCACAACACCACGCACUCCAACCCUGAGCAAAAGGCCGGCACCAACCAUGGAACACUCUGAAGACCGGUCAUUGUCAACUGAUGAAUCUGACUCGGAUGAUGCAGAAACUGCGCUGAACUCCAAGAAAAAUGAAGAAAUCAUCGCUGAAGUGGUCAAAACUGCAGAAAAACCUGAUCCUAGAACCACAGCAGCUUCAGGAGUUCAUCAAAAUCCUGUCCAGGAGACAGAAACUUGUCCAAAGUCGGGGAACAGUGCGAAAAUUGAUGCUGAUUUGUGUCAAGAUGCUACAAAAUCCAAUCCCAAAUCAAGAGCUAAUCCACAAAAUUGUGUAGCUUCAUGUGAGAAUACAGCAAACUCCGAUCCUGAAUCAAGACCCAUUGCAGAAGUGAAUACCACCUCGAGCCAAAAUGCAGCAAAAUCUAGUCUUAACCAUAAACAAGAUGCAGAAAUCAACUCGAACCUUCAACAGGGUUCAGAAAGUGUGAUUGAUCCUAGUCCAGAUAUAGAUCAUCAUGAGGACAGAUCCUCAACAACCUCCAGCUGCUGUCUGGAUCAUGAUGAGAAGUCCUCAACAAUUUCCUCAUCCUCUACUUUGACCGCUGAGUCUUCUAGUGAUAGAUGCUCAGUUAUUGGUGCUAGUGAUUUGGGCUAUGACAAUUUGACCAUUUCUGUAGGAUCAACUCCUGCAGAAGCAUCAACAUCUACUUCAGGAACAACAUCUGCAGGUAUUGCAUCAAAAGGAUUGAGUGGUGAGAGGAAGAGAUCAUUCAUGCGCAACAUGGAAAGUCUGGUACAUAAGCUUGCAUACUCAGAUGCAGAAGGUACAGAAGUGGAGACACCUAGCAGUUUCAGGGAAAAUGUCAAAAGUUCUAAUACUAAGCUUGAAGAGAAUAGCAGCUGCAGCAAAAAUAUCAACAGACUUGUCAACAAGAGUCAUGAUUUGGACAAAUUUUUGGACAGUGCAUCAAAAUGCACUAGUAGUGACAAUGAUAGUUAUGGGUUGGGUUGUUCAUCAACACCAAACACUAGACAAAACAAGUCACUUGGUUUUGAAGAAAUUUUGUCCAACAGUGAUACCAGCUACAGAUUGAGUUCAAAACUACAUGAUAGUCUUCAAAGAAGACACCCAACUGACAACAACCAAGAUCUAUCAGACUCUAGCAGUGAUGAUUCAAGUUCCAGAAGAAAGAGAAAUCAAUAUUCCUCAGAUUCUGGCUAUGAAUCCAGUCUGAAGAGAUAUUCGAGACUGUUUGAAUCUUCCAAGGAGGACUGCUCCAAGUCAAGUAGCAGCAGCUCUGAUGAUUUGAGGAGUUGUUGUGGAGCUGGAGCUGCCACAUUCAGUGAGGUUAAGAGGCAUCUUAGAGGGAACAUCAAUGAAGAUGUCUCCAGAACAUCAAUGCUGAAGGACUCUUGGUACAGGGAUGGCAAGACAUCUUCUGGUGCUAGACUGAGGCAGCAUGUGGAUGGAUUCCGCAGUUUGGCACGUGCCUCAGGCAUGCAAACAAUGCCAGUAUCCAGCUUCCUACACUACAAACUAGAUUGUGGCUAUAAUUUCCUCACACGUGGUAGUUUCGGGUAUGAGAGUGGGGAUGAAUCUGUCUUCAAGUUUAGGCGGGUUUUCAUUUUGGAUGAUGCCGAUGACCGACUUUCCCCACCACCCUCCAUCAAUGGUUCCUUGAGCUCUGACAACUCCAUCAGUGACAGCAACAGUGACACUAUCAGUGAAAUGUCAAUAGAUUCAAGCAGUGACCGGUCCAGCAUAAUAUCCCUGGAUGACCCCCUGGAUUUCUAUGGGAAGAGUUUGGCUCAAGCACGCCACUACUCCACAUCCUGCUACAAUGUUUGGGAAGCUGUCAAGAGUCAGGGCACAUCCUCAAGGUCACGCACUUGUCCCAGGGAGUGUCACGGAUCUUUUGCCAGGGCGCUAUCAAAGUUCACCAGUGGGGAAGCUAGUGGUGAACUGAAGGACGAGGAACUGAAAGAAGGAAACUUCCACCGUCAACGUAAAUCUUUGACAAUCUUCAAUGGGUACAACACAUCCUCAUCCUCUAGAACCUCCACGACUACCACCAUCAACAAGAAAUGCAUAGGUUUAGAGCUGAUGAGGGAACACAAUGGAAAUGUGGUUGUUAUCAGGGAAGUGAAGGCAGUUCAUGGCAGUAAAUUCCCCAGAUGCAGUGAGGUGAAAUGUGAAUCAGUCCAGUCAAGAAUUAGGAGGUUGCAGGUGCAGAAUGGUAUCAGAACUGAGUUGGCAAAGGAGAGGUACAACGUUUUCUGAGGAAAAGGGAAUUGGGACAGGUGUGAAUUGGUCCAAAACCAGGAUAACGAUGCAAUGUAGGGAAAACUAGCAGGAUUAAGGUAUCAUGACUGAAUUGGCAAAGGUGAGGUACAAUCUUUCUCUAAGAAAACUCUAAUCUGGUCACAAAUGGAACUGAGAUGACUGUGAAUUGGUCCAGGGUCACAAUUCAGCAUAAAUAUGCAAUGUGGAUGACUGUGAACUGGUUUACAUUUCUCAUUUAGAUUCACAAUAGAGUGCUACAUUUUUUCUUGAGAAAACCAAAGUGGGAGAAUUGUGAACUCGACUUUAUUUGAAGAUAAAGACAAAUGGAACUGAGAUAACUGUGAAUUAGUCCAGGGUCACGAAUCAAGAUAAACAUGCAAGGUGGAUGACUGUGAACUGGUUUACAUUUCCCAUUCCGAAACUAGAUUCAAAAGAAAGUGCUUCAUUGUUUCUUGAGAAAACUAAAGUGGGGUCAAUUGUGAACUGGACUUUAUUUGAGGAUAUAGACAUGCAAGACUGUUGACUGUGAAUUGGGCUGGGUUGAAGGUUGUAAAGCAAAAAUGGUAAAGAAUUGAGUUGUCCCAAUCACAGAAAAUGUUUAUCUCAGAAGAGUUGAAAUGAGAGGUCAAGUGUAAACCUGUUUGAGUUCUGCAUUUGAUUUCACUGUAGUGAAUAAGGUUCUCUACUCAAUUUGUGUUCAGAGCUGGGUUGAUCACUGUGAAUUAUCAGUGAAAGUCUUAUUUGUAAUGAUUCAGAGUAGAAGUAUAUUACAGAAAAAAAUUAUUAAAAAGAUUAAUAGGAUCCUGUGGAUCUAGAAGUUGAUGUUACAAGCUUUAAACUACCUAAAUUGAUAGCCCACUGGAUUAAGAAUUUGGAAUAGUAAGCUUGAAAAGCUCUGAAUCACUAUUACAUUGAAUACUAUAAAAUUUGGUACCUGUUGUAAGCUUAGAAAGCUCUAAACACCCGAUAGCUAAAACUAUCAAUCCGAUAACUGAAAAAACUUCAAAAAAUGAAUAACCCCCACUGGUUGGAACAGCAUUUAUGAACACAAAACAACGAACAAAUCGAAGACUAUUCUCAUUUUGACUUUGAGAAAUUUCUAACAAGACUGAAAACCAUUUUGCCUGCCAUGAGUCGAACAAAUUUGUAGAAUCAAAUCCCUUCUUUUGAUGGAACACAAAGUAUUUAUUAGAGAUGUCCACAGGAAAUUAUUUAUUGGAAUUGAAUUUGAGUUUACAACCAAAUUUUGAUCCUAGGAAAAUUUGUGUUCUGGUUCAAAAAUGCUUGUAAUAAUUCUGUCUUUCAAUAUGUUUAUCAUAUAAAAUAAUUGUGUUGUGUUAUAAUAAUUUUUCCAAAUGUCAUAUAUAUAUGUGUGUAAACUCAUGUAAAGACAUGUUAAACUCAUGUAACGACAUGUUAAACUCAUGUAACGACAUGUCAUUUAUUUAAAAAUGGUGCUUUUGGUGAUAAAAUCUUCAAAAACCAAACAUUUUUGAGAAAACAUUUAUGUGAUUCCAUCUCUACUUUGUUCAAGAUGGUGCUUGUUCUGAAUUAUAAAUCAUAAAAAAUAUGAAAGAUUGAAAAAAUAUUUUAAUAUGUAUAUUAUAUUAUUAUAUUUAGCCACCUAAGGCCCGCCAUAAUAUUAUAAUAGUGAAACUUAGUCCUUAAUUUGAUUUUGUUGUACAUUGUAAGAAAGUAUGCCUUGACUUAUUAAUAUGCUAAUAUUUAUUCACUAUUUAAUUAAUACUACCCUUAUGUGUUUAAAAAUCUAAUUAAUUAAUUAUUGAUUAUGUUAAUUGUGAGUUUAACCGAGACUAGUAUUGAAUUUUAUGUAAACUUAAUUAUUUGUGUGUAUAUUCAUGUAUGUUUAUUUUGUAAAUUAUUUACUAAGCUAUUAGUGUAAAUUUUCAUCUAUUUAUUUAACAUUUAUACAUCUACCAUCACUGUAUACAUAUUUUGUAACUAAAUUUUGUACAUAGAGCAAGUAUAUUUUUGAAAAAGGGUAUGUUUUUCAGUAAUAGGCUGCAGCUUAUUUCAUUUGAGAUUUUCUAAAAUAGAUUUUGUUCUCAUUAUUUUUGAAAAAUAUUGGUGAUUCGGAAAUACCUUUUAAUAAGAAUUUUUCGAAAAUUUAUGUUUCUCAAUAAUUUACAUGAGCUGCAAUGAUUCUAGAAUUUUGAAACCUUCCACAAGGCUUCAAUAUUCUAGAAUUUGGAACAUAUCUCUACUUAAACCAAUUAUUAUUAAUGUAAUACAAUGCAAUAGAAAAUAAGACUUCAUAUAAGAACAAAAUGAAUCCUAUCAAUAUAAUAUGUGAGAAAUUUCUGUAACUAGACAAAAAGAUUCAAUGUUUUCAAAAGAAUUCAACGUUUAUAAAAAUACUCAUUGAAUUUUCUCUCACUAUUACAUUAAAUUCAUAAUUGAAUUUUCUAUGAUCUGUAUCUUAUUAAAUGUAUCUUACUACAUUGAAAUAUAGUCAUGCUGUUCGAAUUAUAAAUAAUACUGUAAUUAUUUCACUCAAAACUUUUCCAAUUACAUCACAUUUUACAAUCACAUCUGUGUACUUAUAUUAUUUAUUAACACCAGUAUUCCAUGUAUUUCUUAUAUGUCAUUUAUUACUGUAUUAAUGUUAAUAUAUCCUAAGCAUUUUCUCAAUAUAUGAAGCAAUUUAACAAAAGAAAAAACACUAUUUGGAAAUGUGUGUAUCACUAUUUGAAUAAAUAUUAUCAAUUAAAUAAUAAUUAAAUACUGCCUUGAUACAGCCUAUGUUAGAGUUGUAAAAAUUCCCAAAUCUUCAAAUACUUCUCUUGCUGAAGAUGAAGCUCAUAUAAGCCAUAGGCUUGUGCGUAGUAAAGUAUGAUAACAACAAUGAGAUAUUGCAGUUUUUAAGUGGGUUCCAAACCACUUCAUGUAACAAACAGCUUUCAAACUGUAUUAUUUCAUUUCAUAAUAUAGUUUUAUACAAUACCUCUCCAUUCUCCAAAUUUCACAAUAAAAUUGUAACAAAAUAUGCGAAAAAUAAAUGAAUUAACAUCUCUGUAACCUAUGCAUUUAAUGUAUUGACUGAUCCAAAAUUAACGAAAAUAGUUAUUUGUAAAAAUUAUGAAAAUUGUAUGUUUUGUGCCUUGAAUAUAUGCAGAGUGACUCUUGAACUCAUAUAUUUUUAUUGAAAUGUGUUUUUUUGAUGGAUAAUAUUGAACAUAAUAAAUGAUUUGUCUUUUGAAAAAA